GAAAGUUCUGCCGCGUCGUACAGAGCAGUCCCUGUCGCCCCCUUUCAGGGCCCCUUCAAUGCAGCAGUUGGCUCCUUCAUGUCUGCAGCAGCCUCUUUCGGCUCGGCGAGCCGAGCAUUGCAUCUCGCCCAAAACCUUUUUAACGUUACCCUGCGGUGAUUUCCGUGCGCCCUCUUCCCGUCUCUUGUCUUGCCGUCUUGUGCCGCCCCCGUGCUUCUUUCCUGCUGCCGCUCACGGACUCUGCUCGGGCUCUGUCAUUGUUGCUCACAAAGAGCCAACGCCCUGUUCCCACCAUGACCAUGUCCGACAUCAAGGCGGACGAUGCCGGCGAGAAAGUCCAGCAAGUCCAACCUUCCAGCGCCGGCUCGGCCCCGAGCGUCGUCGACGAGAAGCGGCAGGAUGGCAGCAUCAUCCUCAUCCCGCAGCCGUCCGACGAUCCGAACGACCCGCUGAACUGGCCGCUGUCCAAGAAGAUCAUCAUCCUGCUGGUUCUGUUCCUGGCCAUGUUCGUCGGCUUCUCGGCCCCGUUCUGCGGCCAGCUCAACCUGAACCAGCAGGCGGCGCUCUACCACAAGACGACAGUGCAGAUCACCUACUUCAACAGCGCCGCCUCGGCCGGCCUGGCCACGGGCGGCUACGUCUGGUGGCCGCUGUCGCACAAGUUCGGCCGCAGCUCCGUCAUCUUCUGGUGCCUCGUCGGCGUGCUCGUCGCGCAGAUAUGGGCGCCCCUGAUGACGCGGCCGGACCAGUACGCGCCCGAGCUGGUCUCGCGCUACUUCGCCGCCUUCUUCGGCGUCUCGGUCAGCGUGCUCGGCCCGCGCUACCUGGUUGACAUGUUCUUCCUGCACCAGCGCGGCCGCGCCUUCACCGUCCUGCAUCUCGCCCUGAACUUCGGCGCGUCGGCCGGCCCGACCUUCUCGGGCUUCAUCGCCGCCAACCAGUACUGGCCGGUCGAGUACUGGUGGAGCGUCGGCCUGACUGCCUUCACGCUCAUUCCUGUUUUCUUGUUCCUCGAGGACACCACGUACGACCGCUCCGAGGGCGCUGUCAACCGCGUCAAGCCGGCCAGCUUCCUGAGGGACCGUUUUGAGACUUUCUUCCCUGGACACAAGGUCGUCCCGCACAAGUCGUGGCGCGAGACGGCCGUCGUCUUCUUCCGGCCCUUCAAGUUCUUCAUCGCGCCGGUCCUGCUCAUCAUUGCCGGCUUCGACACCAUCAGCUUUGGUUUCUACGUGGCGCUCAACGCCUUGACGCCGGUCUGGCUGCAGCUGCCCAAGAAGGCCGGCGGCAUCUACGGCUUCACCAUUACCGAGAACGCCGGCUUCACCUUCGUGCACUGGAUCGGCUUCCUGUUCGGGCUCGUGUACGGCCACUUCCUGAGCGACCGGAUCCCGCUGUGGCUGGCGCGGCGCAACAAGGGGCUCUGGAAGCCCGAGUUCCGGCUGUACUCGCUGUGGCCGACCAACUUCGUGCUGAUGCCGCUGGGCCUCGGGCUGGUCGGCAUCUCGAUGGAGUACAAGCUGCACUGGAUCGCCAUGGCGUUCGGGCAGCUGUUCGUCACCAUCGGCUCCAUGGUCAGCAUCCCCGUGACGGUCAACUACAUCUGCGAGUGCUUCCGCUCGCACACGACCGAGGUCACGCUGGUGGUCAACUCGAUGCGCCUGUUCCUGGGUCUGUCCAUCAACUUCUACAUCAACCCGUGGAUCGACAAGGUCGGCAUCGGCUGGGUCUACGGCAGCAUGGCCUUCUUCACCGUCUUUGCCUUCCUGUUCCUCAUCCUCCUGAUGGUGGCUGGCCACCGCAUCCGGGAGUUCACGCCCUUCCACACGGACGACUCGGAAGAAGGCCGCGCGGUGCUUGCCAAAGACGAGGCCCACGGUCUGUGAGGCUCUUCGUCCUGGGUCUUUGCAGCAUCAGCAGGGGGUUCGAUAUCGUAACUAUACAUACGGCA